CAUUUGGCUCUGUCAGGUGGUGAUGUCAAAGGACACUAACUUAGAAAAUGGCAAAUUAGAACAUCCCUCUCAUACAGCUUAAGCAGUGAUCUGGAUCAAAGAAAGGGAGCAGCUCCCUCCUUCAACAAUUAAUGAGAAUGGCUGAGCAUCUUAACAUUUCCAGAGGUGGUAGCAAACCAAAAGAUGAAGACGAGUUUGGCGAUGAAGGUUUCUCUACAGACAAUGUGACUUCAACUGCAGACAUUGAUGGAAAUUACAAGAAGUUUCCUAAAGAUUCAUCAGUAAUGGCUGGCUCACUGCUUUGUACUAGUGCACAUAUUCCUGUACAUUACCCAUCUCCAGCAAGAAGACGCCACCGUACAACCUUCAGCCAGGAACAGCUAGAGCACUUGGAAGCAGCUUUCAACAAAAACCAUUACCCAGAUAUUUACUGCAGAGAAGAGCUGGCUAAGAUUACAAAACUCAAUGAAGCAAGAAUUCAGGUUUGGUUUCAGAACAGAAGAGCAAAGCAUAGAAAACAUGAAAGAGCAAUCCAGAAAACAGCACCACCAGUGGUUAUAUCAGCCUGCAGUGGCCUGAUGCCAGGAGUGUGUUCAGUCUCUACGGCAACUCGUCAGUACCAGUAUCAGCAUACCUUAAACCAUAUUCCUCGCUUUUCUUCCCUGGCAGCCAGUACCUAUACACCACCACCCACUGUUACACAGUUUGCAUGCUCUGGGGCACAUGCACACCUGCCCCCUGCUCCACCACCACCGCGGCAACAUGAUGACUGGUAUAGUCCACUGCGUUCCAUGAAUUCUCCUGGCACUGGUCUGCUCUCCUUGGGACCUAUGCCGGGCUUGGACCCAACAGCUCAUUGGAACUGAGAACUGAUUAGUACCACACAAAUGCCUCCAGUUGGUAUUAUACUCACUGUGGUCACCAGGUUACUCCAAGUGUGUGACUGCUUGCUGCAGUUGUCUGUCUGUAUAUCUGCAGGAGCUUUGCACUGCUGUAAAUAUUGCUGCAUAUACAAAGGCACGUCAUCUCUCUAACUUGAAAAAGCAAAUAAAAAUCAUUUAUCUCCA